ACAAUAUUAAGGAACCCGAAACAUAUAAAAAAGAGUUUUCUUUAUGAUUAUUCCAAACCUUGGCUCGGAACUAGUAUUAUACUUAGUGAAGGGACUAAGUGGCAGUCACAGCGAAAGAUAUUAACUCCUACAUUUCAUUUUAAUAUACUGCAACGAUUUGUUAAGAUUUUCGACAAAGAAAGCAAAAACAUGGUAAAGUCCUUGAACAAUGCAAAAGGCGCAGUUGUAAAAGAUUUAACAUCAUUUAUUAGUGAAUACACGCUGAACGCAAUAUGUGAUAUCGAUGGCUGCAAAAAUUACAUAUCGCUCGAUACAGUAUUAAGUAUUUGUGUAGCGAUAUUGUGA